UUGUUUAAAUAAAAAUUGUAUCGCAAUGUAAGCUUUCCACCACCGUUUUAAAUGUCCAGCACCCUAUCAAUACCUCUAAUCAACAGCGAUGUAUGAAGGUAGUAUAUUGCUAGUGUAGCAAGAUUUCACUACUGUGUUGCAAAUAUCCAGCUAUGUCUGGAAAAGUUGUGGAGGAACCCAAAGACUCAUUGACAUGUAUAGUGUGCAAAAAGCUCUUACAACGACCAAAAAUCCUUCCAUGUCUGCACUCUGCAUGUUCAAAAUGCUUACAGGCCGUUCUCGAUAGUAACAAAUCGAAGGACAGGUUUCCUUGCCCAAAAUGCGAGGAAAAGACCGUCAUUCCUAUUGGAGGAGUAGACGGAUUUCAAGACAAUGUUUUCUUGAAUGGAAUACUGGGCGUCCUAAACUCGCACGAAGGCAAGGGGAAGAUUUGCGAUAUCUGCUCUUUACGGAAAAAGAAAAAUUCUGCCACUUCAAAAUGCUUGAACUGCGGCGACCUUCUGUGUAUUGACUGCAGUAAUUCUCACUCUGCAACCCGCCAAACUAUCAAUCAUAAGGUAGCGGACCUCGAAAGCGUCGUGAAAGGUGUUCAUGAUAAGGCUAUUAGACAACUAAACAGAAUACCAUGUGAAUCCCAUCCUGACGAGAUGCUGAUCAUAUACUGCUAUGAUUGUAAUUUUCUCGUUUGCCACGAGUGUCAACUAUCGUACCACUACAGUCACCACACGGUCGCCGUAGACGAGGCUGAUACGGACCAACGUCAGGAAAUAGUUACGUCCAUACAAUUCUUGGACACAAAGCUACGAAACCUUAAUGAAAUCGAAGACGGUGUGCACAACACAGAAGCGACGAUUAAUGAAAAAGAAGAAAAUAUUCUUGUACAUCUGGAGAAUUCAACGAUGCAGCUCAUAGCUCAAAUUGAAACCGAGAAGGCUGACGUCACUCAGAAAGUUAAAGAACAUAUGGAAAAGCAGCGACAGAUUUGCAGAGAUCAAUUGGAUCUAGUACAAGCGCGAAAGGAAAAGAUUCAAGAAAGCUGUGAUUUUUGCAACGAAGUGGCUCAAGAUGGAAAGAAUGACGAGGUAAUAUAUCUAGAACCUCUUAUUCUACAAAGGCUUCACAGCUUGGAACAUCUUCCACGACUGCGCGAUGAAAUAACCUGUCAGUUCCCAGAAGUCCGUCUUCGCAACAUAUUUGGAAACGUCGAAACGAUUCGAUUCUUUGAUUUCCUGCCGGGACCCUCAAACGCUGUUCCCCUUCUGCCUCAAGAGAAUUCAGAUGUGAGUGGAGUGCCACAAGUUUCCCAGUUGUUAAUGGUAAAGAAAAUCAAUACAUUCACCAACGAAGAUGAAACUUGUCCAAAAAUCAGCAGCCUUGCUUCCACGGAGGGGUUCUUUCUCGUUGGCGACAACGCCAACAGAAAAAUAAAGAAAUUCAACCCAACAGGAAAAUUCCUUGAGACACUGGCAAGAGUCAAGUCAUACAGCGUUUCAAUUUGUGAAGACACUGUCAUAUGUAGUGACAACUUUUCCAUUUCCUUUUUUUCGCCUGACUACAAUCGCAAGGUUGCCAUGGAUGGGACCAGCAGUACUUAUCCUACUUGCGUUUAUGAAAAUAUGAAUUUUGCAGUCGCUGAUAGCAGCUUGCACGAAGUCUACAUCUUUGACAAAACUGGUGACGUCAUAAGUAGCAUCGGAAUACCAAGAGCAGUCCGGAGAACCCGCAGAAGAAACUUAGCCUUCAUUUGUUGCAACAGCAAGGGUGAGAUCAUUGCGUCGGACUGGGGGACAAACUCUGUUUUCUUGAUCGCAAAGAAUGGACAAUCUCUCCACGAAUAUCAAGCCAAAAGUGAAUCCACCAGAGAUUGGAUACCAGGGGGCGUUUGUGUUGAUAUCCAUGACAACGUCUUCAUCGCUGACCAACAGAAAGGAGCGAUCACCAUUCUCAGCCCGAGAUUUAAAGUUAUACUGAAGCAUUCAACAAAGAAAGAUUAUCUCGAAAGACCAAUGAAUAUUGCAUACGACAGUUCUGGUCAAAUUCUGGUCGCGGGAAAAAAUGGCAUAGUGAAUAUCUACUCCUGCAAAUAUUUGUAG